UGCUCCGCCUUGGCGGGCUCGGUGUGUACGCGCAGAGGGGACGGGGAGGGGGGUUGGCGAGUCCUGGGGUGCUCCUGCAGCGAAGCGAAGUUGCUUGCGACGACAGCGAGGCUGAGCCGCCCCGACUCGGAGCCUGCGAGCGAGCGAUGAUGUCAGAGGGGGAGGCAGCGACGGUGGCGGCGGCGAGGAGGGCAGCGGGCGAGGCAGCGGACUGAAGGAGCGCCGGAGAGGGAGAGGCGUCCCGUGCCAAGCAGGCUGCGAGCAUGAAUGGCGGGGCGAGAAGACUCCAUCUUGGGCUGCCACCAGACGCUCCUCGCCGCGCCGUUGCAGCAGACACGCAGGAGGCAUCAUCAGUGACUCUGGUGCGACGGCGUUCUUUUUCUUUUUCGAAGUGCCUAUGGAUGUGUUCGGGGGCGAUCUGGAUAUCUGGGGUUAGAAAAGGAUUCUGAGGUUUUUCAGAAGGGGGUUCCCUGCAGCAGAACUUGAAAUAAGGCCUGGCCUCAUCUAAGACUUAAGAGGGAGUAACAGGAAUUGCACAUAAAGGAGGGUCCUGCUCAGGCGAAUUUGGAGACAACGGAUUGAGGAACAGGGAUACAGACGCCCAGUAGAUGAGGCCAACUUGCCUAGGUCUGAGGCAGCACGAUGGCUCCAGUUGUGGAAGUCACGGACGUCAGCCACUCCAGCUCCCUUCUGGUCCAGCUGAAUGAACAGCGCCUGCGUGGCCAGUUCUGCGACAUAACCAUAAUUGCUGAAGACACAAAGUUCAAGGCCCACAAGAACGUUCUCGCAGCCUCCAGCCCUUACUUUAAGGAGGUGCUUUCAGAGGAGUCUGUGUGUCUCCAGCCGAGCCAGAUCCUGGAGCUUCCCGACAUCCAGGCCGAAGUCUUCUCUGACAUCCUCAACUUCAUCUACAACUCUCGCCUCUCAGUGCCCAGCUCAGCUGCUGCCAAGGAGAUUGGAGCUGUGGGCCGACGCCUGGGCAUCUCCCGCUUGGAGAAUCUGGAUGACCCCUCAGCAGACACCAAGAUGGACAACUCCAGCCCUGUCUCCUCCAGGCCUUGCAACUCACCGAUUGACCUCACCUGUCCUUCCCGUUCCACAGAGCCUUCCAGUCCCCUCUGCUUCCAGGAUUUGGCCAAAGCAUCGAGUCCAGUGAGGGAAACCCGCCCCGAGACUGAAACAGAGACUGCCAAGAUCCUUUACAACCUCAGCUCCGUAGCCACAGUGCCGCCCCCACCCCAAUCUGACCUGGCUUACAUGCUGAAGGGAAGUGUCGGCUGGGACCAUGACAAUUCUCCUGGAAAUUCCUCUCUUGCUACCACCAAUAAAGAGGUGGAUCAAGGGCCGGCCUCCUCCUGCUCACCCCCAUCAGGAGCUUCCUACCCAGCCAGUAGCACCUUCUGCUGUGGAAUCUGCAGCCGUUCCUUCACCACGUCAUCUGCACUCAGCCUCCACAUGAAGCUCCACCGGACUCGGCGUUCUUUGUCUUGCCGACACUGUGGGAAGAGCUUUAUCCACAUCAAACGCCUGCAGACGCAUGAGGUUUUAUGCAAGGAGGUGGAGAAGCCUGAGGAGGGUGCCUCUGUGGGUGAGACACAACCAAAUCCUGUGUUACCUUCUAAACCAACAGCAACACCAACAUCUUCCAAGAAGGGCAUGAUGUUCCGCCACCGGGGCCUGCCACGAGUGGACUACAUCUCUGACCAAGACCACUUUGUCAAAGUGGUGGAUGGUCACAUCAUCUAUUUUUGUACCGUUUGUGAGCGAUCCUAUAUGACACUCUCUAGCCUCAAACGCCACUCCAAUGUCCACUCCUGGCGGCGAAAGUACCCAUGCCGCUACUGUGACAAAGUCUUUGCCUUGGCCGAAUACCGCACCAAGCAUGAGGUCUGGCACACGGGGGAGCGGCGUUACCAGUGCAUCUUCUGCUGGGAGACCUUUGUCACCUACUACAACCUGAAGACCCACCAGAAAGCCUUCCAUGGGAUCAAUCCAGGUCUGAUCUCUUCUGAGAAGACUCCCAAUGGAGGCUAUAAGCCUAAACUCAACGCUCUGAAACUCUACCGGCUCUUGCCCAUGCGGUCCCAGAAAAGGCCCUACAAGACCUACAGCCAAGGUUUGGUGCCGGAUAACCUCUUGCUCCCAGCUCAGCCCAUCCCCAUGGCACUGGGUGAUGGGGACUCCUUGGAUGGAAAUUUGGUCUCCUCGUUGGGCAGCAGUGAUGUCCCGUCUGUCUUCACCACCAGCUCCCUGGAGCUGCCAGAGGCACAACGCUUUCAGAAGCAAGAAUCUGUGGUUGCCCCAGAGAUCCCUACCCUCCCAACCACUGGUGAGAAGGGCCAGUCAGAUAAGCGGCCAGGGCCACUGAAUGCAGAGGCUCCCUCUGUUAUCGCCUACGGGCGUCCAGCCUCUUCUGUGAUUGUCCACAGCACUUCGGUGAUGUCGCAAACCCCCUCAGUGAUAACGUACAACAGCAAGUCUUCAGAUGCACCCCUGGAUAAGGGGUCUUUGUCUCCACAGUCACAGCCACCGCCUUCCACUGUAGUGGCCAAACCCAUCAAGAAGCAAGUGUUGAAGGAAUACAUGCAGUCUCAGAAGGUGAAUGAGCAGGCUUUGGAAGAAAACGGGAAUGGACAUAGGGCAAGGGGGGCAAGGUCUGGACGCACCAUGACCUACAUGGCAAAGCCAGCAUAUGUGGGAACGGCCUCCGAAAGCCGUGCUGCCCCCCUCUGCCAGAUCACGGUGCGCAUCGGCGAAGAAGCUAUUGUCAAGCGUCGAAUCUCUGAAACGGACCUCAUGUUGGACAAAGGUGGCCGUGUUGGGGGGAAGCGCUUUGAUUUUGGCAGGGACCAGACUGAGGAGAAGCAGCUGCCGCUCCAGCUGGCUCCCCAUGGUAAGCACACCAGCAGGAUGUACGCAAACGAGAGCGGCGAGGAGGAGAGUGACCGGGGGGACACGGAGGACCAGCUCUGGAGACCGUACUACAGCUAUAAGCCCAAACGGAAGGCAAGUGGUGGCGGCGGCAGCAACACUAACAAUGCUGGGCCCAAGAUGAAAAAGUCACGGUGGCGUCGCAAGCUGCGCUCACUGCGCUGGGUGAAAAGGACAGAGAAAGCCGAGGAGGCUGAAGGCAGGGAGGAGGAGGAGCAAGAGGAGGCCAGUGUGGGGACCAGCGAGCCCGUGCCUGCAGAGGUGUCAGGUGGCUUUGGAGCCACCCCUGAGACGGAGGGGAUGAACCAGCCUUUAAAAGCAGGGAGUGGGCGGGGCUCUGAGUGGAAGCACGAGUGCAGCGUUUGUGGCAAGCUCUUCUCUGCGCUCAAGAAACUUAGGAAGCACGAGAGGGUGCAUGGACGCCUUGGCAAGGAUGACCAGUCCCCGACACCCUUGCAAGGCACACCCCACCGUGUAGGCCGUAAGCCUUUGGUAAAGUUUACCUGUGCUCACUGUGCAAAAGUCUGCAAGACGGCAGCGGCGCUGAGCCGCCACAUGAAACGCCACGAGGGUGAGCAGCUUGAGCAGGCCCCGUUGCCGGCCCUCGCCACUGUCAUUGCCUACUCGAAGAAGACCGCUGAUCCGGCCCCAUCAGCACCAUCGCCUGUGAUCAAGGAGGAGACCACGCAAGAGAUGCAGGUGUCGUCCUCAAGCGGGGAGGCCCCCACUUGCCAGCAGGACGCUCCUGGGGAGGAGGAGGAGGAAGGGCCUGUGGCGAUGGAAACGCAGCCUUACCCUGGCCGCACUCCAGCACCGAUGCCAGAAGAGGAGACUGUGCCACUGGACGGAGGAAACAAGCCCCCCUUUCCUGAGGAGGUCCCUGUCCAUCCACCCCCACCGGAGGCUACUGCCAGCCUCGCUGAGAUGCCACCCAGUUUACCACAUUCCCUGCAGGACCCCGUCAUCUCACACACCGGCCUGGUCCAGAAAGAGGAUCUGGCGCCCCCACCGGAGGUGGAAGGAGAGCGGUACCCAGUCCAGGAGUACCCUUUGCCGUUGCUGGUGCCAGGCAGCUGUCGGACCCGGAAGGAUCUGGAGGACAAGCCCUCAUUCCUUGCUUAUCCUAGCACCAUCCAGUUCAACGCUGUGGGCAAAGCAGGUGGCAGCGACGGAGACGGCAAGGUCUGCUUCUACCCUGACCCAUACCCGUUAAUGUACGGCCACCAGCUCCUCGCCGCCUACCCGUACAACUUCAGCCUGCCGGUGGCAUUGAACAUGGUCGUCCCGGACGAUAAGGGGCAGCCACUUCCCUUCCUGCCCAGCGUCUUCGGCUACUCGAUGAACCCAUGCCGGAGCGAAGCCCACGACGGGGGCACCGGGUCCACUAUGGGGAUGCCGGUGGGGGCCAGCACGGCUCACGAGAGCAGAGGGGAACUGCCGGCUCCAGAGAGGCUGAAGAAGCGAAACCUUCUGUGAGGGACAAAGGGGGGAUGUUGCUGGGGCAGGAAGGCACCGAAAACAUUGGUGAUGGGCGGGCGGGCGAUUGUGGCAGGUGAGGGAGCGGCACUGGUCCCCCUACCCCUGACACACCUUUCAGCCUUCCGCAACCUGGGGCCUUCCAGUUCCUUUGGACUGCAGCUCUGUGAUGGGAGCUGGAGUCCAAAACGAUUGGAAGACGCCAGGCUGCCGAAGGCGGCCCCCUCUGUUUCUGAGAAGGGGUGUUUGGUGGCCAGUGCGGAAGGGAAGAGCUUGCGCUGUGAGAUCCAGAGGGGAGCAGUGGGGCGGGGGGUGUAGCCAUCUGACUCAACGAAUGCCCCACCCUCCUGCUUCACAUCUGGGGGCGUAUCGAGUGGGGCGCACCGUAGACAAGACUUUUCUAAAAGUAGCAAAAAUAGGUACAGGGUAACCCCUCUUUCCUCCCAGCUCCCAAACCCCAUACGAAUGUCCUCUUGCUCCGUAGACACAGUUAAGACUGAAUUUGCACAAGCAGACCCUCCUUUCCCCCCUCUCUUCUGGGCUCUGCCUUACUUCUGCCGUUCAGGAAGCACUGCUUGGAGGAGGAGGAGGAGCCUCCGUUGGGGGCAGAGUUCUUUCUCCCACCAGGGGACGCCCCCCGAGUUUCUCCUGUCUUUCCAAAUCUCUCACUCCGCUUGCACCCUCCAUCCCCCCCUACAAAUUGCCAUUGACGACGUGUCGUCCCGUCCCGUCCCCGUCCCCCCCCGUGAGGGGGGGGAGGUCUCAUUCCAUAGGACCGCCCCCCCAUCCCCACCAACCCUGCCACCCCCUGUGUUUAUUUUUAUCUUUGCUCUCGGAUCCCUCUCCUGCCCACUGACCAUCUCUUCUCUCUGCUUAGAAGCUGCCAAAGAAAAAAAGGAGCAGCACACGAGGGCGGGGUCUUUUUUGUUUAGUUUAGUUUAGUUUUGUUUUGCAGCUUGAAUGAGAUGAAUCACAUUUUCCUUUCAGCUGGAGGGAGGCGGGGUAAGGGGGGGCUGGGACAAGGCAGGGCAUCCUGCUGAGCUGGUGAGGAAUAGCCAGAGCGUUUCUGUGGGAUCUGGGGCUUCCGGAAACUUCCUUUAACCCACAGUGCUAGGGGGUGCUGCAAAAAGACAAAAAGCCCACCCCCCUGCAUUGCAUAUACACACACUUUGGUGGGUGGGGGAGCAUGUUGGCACUGUCUUAGCAUGCCCUUUUUGGGGGGGAUGGGGAGGCAAGUGCAGCUCUUAUCAUUUGGGGGUGGGGUGGGCAAGCAGACCGGAUUCCACUGUGUACUGUGAUUUUAAUGUUAGCAAAGCUCAUGCCACCUGCACACGAAAGGGUCUUUAGCCCACUUUGCAAAACUGUGCAUAGGUCCACUCCCCCCCCCACCUCCUCCCCCGUCCACCAUGCUGGAAUCCCCCAACAGGACAGUUAUAGUUACAUUUAGCAGUCCAGAAAAACAAAACAAAAACCCUCCUGUGCUAUCUCCCCCCCCCAAGAACUCAAUCCUUAAGCUGCUGCCUCUGUAAGAAAAAAAAAUUAGGCCUGUUUAAUGCAACAGAGAGUAGCCGUUUCUUGUGUGUGGCUUAAAUGAGCUUAGAGCCUCACAAGGGCUGAAGAGCAGUGAAUGGGCAUUCUGGUCCAUGUAGGGCUUAUAUUUCCAUUAGAAAAGCCCAUUUAAGCAAGCCCUGCUGUAAGCCUCAUCUGUAACAAUGCCUCCUCAGUGGUCCAUAGUUUGCAAAAAUGUUUAAGAGAUGGGUUGUGUUCAUUCCUCUCCAGGAAAUAGCCACUCUAGGGCAAUUGAAAUGUGGUUCUUCCUUUUUCCCUUCUUUUCUUGCUACAAACCCCAAAAAAUAACCACUAAAUAUUUUUUUACAAUUAGGGAAAAUGGAGUGCUGUAUCCAGAAGAAAAUCAAGCAUAUAUUAGGGAAUUGAAAUUUUAGUUUAGAAAAAGGGGCGGGGAGCAAUUGUCCUGUUAAAAGCCAAAGGUUAGAGAUAGCUUAUCUGUCGUCGUUGAUUUAAUCCUUGGGAUACUGGAUUCUCCCCCCCCUUCCCUGAUGAAAAACUUAAAUUUAAGUGUGUGAUUUUUUUUUCAGUGAAUAAGGACCAAAACAACAGGGAUUUUAUUUUAAACACAAAACAAAAACUAAUUGGGUGGCGGAGAAACAGGACUGAAAACUGACACCUCUGGAAAACUGCAUGACCUUUACAAAGGAAAUAGAAGGGUUUUCAAAAACAAUAUAUGGAAUUUUUUUUUAGGAUUUUUAAGGGGGGGCAGAAUUUUGCCAAAAGGUUUAGGAAAAUGAUGGAUUCAAGGAGGAAAACAGUUACACAUAUUAAAUAUUUUAAUGCACCCUUCCUCACCCUGGCACCCUCUGGAUGUUUUGCAUCUUUAUAAUGCUGCCCUGGGCUUCUACCGGGAGGAAGGGCGGGAUAUAAAUCAAAUAAAAAAUUAAAAUAAUCCAAAGGAUCUGAAAGGGUACCAGGCUGGGGAAGGCUGUUGCAAAGUAUAAUUCGGAAGGAUCCUCUAGUGGAGAUCUCUCUGAUUAGCAGUGGAUUGCCAAGGAUUUCUGACUUCCAGUUUACAAUAGCAACAAAACUACUUUUCAGCUCCUAAAUCAGGUUGCUGAAGCGAAGAAAGCUGGCCAGGACUGUAAACUCAGUUCAUUCUGGUACCAAAAAGAAAAUCCCCAGGCUCAGAGUAUGCUCACAGGCGCAUGUGUUUUUGAAUUUUGCCUCUUUCAGCUUUCUGUAGUUGGUUACACUUCAGGCUCUAGGAACAAGCAAAGUAGAACUGACAAAAUUAAAAAGUUUGCCCACCUCCUGGCACGACCCUGUCAAAGGGUUGGAGAACAUUCCAGUUCCUGUGCAGGAGAAUGUUCUUGUGGACAUCCCCCCCCAACACCCUUUUAAUAUCUACCCACCAUUCCUUAUUGCUGAAAAUGAGCUUUAACUUUGCCCUCAAAACCCACCACCUUCCUACAUUUUUGCCCUUGCAACUUUCUUCCUAAACUCGAAAAUCCUAGCCGGGGUAGGGACCUUCCAUUAUCAGCCCUGACCCCAGCUCUAGACACCCCUUGUUAUUCGAAGGGCUCUCCUUCAGCACCCCUCAAGGACUUGUGUUGAAAGCUGCCCUCCGCCAUAGGCAUCACCUUGCCACGGAAGGCCAGGAGUCUUGCUCCCCUUCAAGGGAGGGGCUUGCCAUUCCAGUCUGCAGAUGGUGGGGGGAAGAAGAGCCCCUGCCCGCUUGGUCGCCACCACCUUCCUUAAGGGGGCUGCUGUGGGGGAGGUUGCCAUUUUGAACACCCUGAGGAUGCCAGGGCACAAAAAAGGAAGGGUUUCCCUUGACCAUUGGCAAAGCAGGGGAUGGGGAGUGCAGGAAGAGGGUCUGGAAAUGGAGGUGCACUCAGUGCUGGACAAGCAUGCGUGUGUUUCAGGGUGAGCACUGGUUUCCUUGGAGGGGGCUCUUGGUGGCCUUUGACCCUUGUUCUGAAACUCCAAGACAGCCAGUUGGAGGUGGGAGAGAGACAACUGCGACAUGCAUCAGUGCAUUGACACAAGUGACCCUGGUGAGCAGUGUCAAGCUGCAGCACUGUGCAGGAAAUGCACUGCAGCACAAAGGUCUCUCCCCCUUCCCUGUGCAUGGAGACGCACCAUACAAUAUACUCCUCCCCUUGCCCGGCUUGCAGAAGCUGAUGUCUCUUCCACUUCUUUCCGAGAGGAGCGUGUGUGCAUAGAACCACACACACAAAACAGGCUCUCCUGCAGCAGAGUGAAAACCUGGCAUGCAGAUUUCUGUUCCCUCCCCCGCCGCCGCCUUUUCAUCCUAGCUGCUGAUCCCUGCUUUCCUCCCCCCCUUUUUGCAAUGCCACUUUGGAGUGCAGAAUCUCCUUUUUCUCCCCCCCCUGCACUUUUAUGCUGCAGCAUUUCAUGCAUUCCACGUGGGUGGUUCCUCCCCUGCUGCUGCUGCUGCUGGCAGAGCGAUGUCUUGCCAUAGUGCCAUCCCGCCCCCUUCCUGCAAUGCAGCAAAAUGCACAUUCCUGGUUCUCCCUCAUUUUUGCUGCACCACCAGUAAGAAGGCACUGCUCAGACCGAGUGGGGAGGGGAACUUCCUUUCUCUUCCCCCAUCACCUGCAUUAUUACCUACCUGUAGCAUUAUAAAUGGCGCGUUAUUCAGGGCUGGCCGCCUGCAGCCAACUUACCUAAAGGGCAGGCCCCUUCCGCUGGGAUCUGGCACCCCAAGGACCCCACUCCAUGGGCAGGUGCAGUGGCAGACCCACAGCUCCAGCCCGUUCCUCAAACGGCUGCUUCCCUGGGUAGGAGCCGUGGGAAGCACACUAGACCUGGGUCUUGGGUUUUCAGCCUGAAGUGCAGACAGGCAAGAGCCUGCCAGGUUGGAAGAUCAGACCCAGACGCACUUCAGUGUAGAUCCCCCAUCCUGCAGUAGGGCCCUGAAGCACUCAGUCCCAUGGGGGUGGGGCUAGGGGGAAAUGUAGGGGGCCUGCCAGGUUCUUUUAUCUUCAAGAAGUCACAUGCAAUUCCUGCUGCAAUCUAGCAAGCAAUGCAUUUGCCAGAAGGAGUUGUUUGCAGUCUCACAGCAAAUGCAUGAAAGAGGUCCCUGUGGGUGGGAGCAGAAGGGAACAGGGUUGGUGAUGGGACACAGAGAGAGCACCAAAGUUAUUUUGGGAAGGUACCCUACUUCCCCUUCAGUGGCGAGGGGGAGGUAGUGGGUCACUGGGGGAGGGAGGGACAGAAGGGCGGUCACUGACAUGUACAUAGCUGUCCGUCUCCCAUCUUUUGCACUUUGCCAUUGGGGGGGUCUUGGUGAUUGUUGACCGUUUGCUACUGAAUGUAACUUGUCUUUUUGUUUUUAUUUUCUAGAAGCACCUCUAGCUAGUUUUAUGGCACUUUAGAGAUUUACUGAAACCGUUUUAAGGAAAAGGAGAGAAAAGGAAAACAAGACCAAGGGUUUUAAAAAUAUAAAAUAGGGGGGGGGACAUACAAAAAUGUUAAUAAUAAGGAUGAGGAUGAAUAAUAAUUUUUUCCGCUUUUUCCUGGUCUCUGUUCCAAGUGUGACCGUGUGAAGAGUCCGUUAGACAAAAUACCGUAUAUUUAUCUUUCUGCAUCUUUGUGUGUAACUCCAAUAACUUCUUCAGAAUAAAAAGACAAUUAUACGCUCAAUGCAAAA